AUAAAAUUAAAAAAAAAAAAACAGCGGCAGUUCAGAUUGAAUUCCAGCGAUGGAGUUUCAGCCACAUUCGUUGCGCGAGGUCUUGGCCAUUGCCAAAAUCCACCCUUUUUACGUAGAGGGGAUUCAGUAUCCUCCCGACGGCAAGGCUAUUCAAGCAGUGAGAGAAAGAAUAGCAACGGAGCAAGAACGAGAAAGUGAAGAUCUUAAAUCGCAGCCCAUUAUCUGGAAGAAGAAUCUCUACGACACCAUUCAACGGCUUAUCAACGACACAGAUCCCAACAACACAUAUCGCCAGAGCGUGUAUGCAAGCAUCACAGGCGGUGGGUUUGGCUCGAAGCCGUUAUUCUUCGGCACAGAUGUAUAUGAGAACCGCAAACACAGGGCCCAUUUCGGCCAUUUUCUCAAAACCAUUGGAGCCCUCGAGCCAGGAGACUGGGCACUGACGACUCAUUGUGCGGGUGAGCUUUACAGAUCCCUGGAUCUCAUGCUCGAAAUCAUGGAGAAUGCCGGUGCCUCGGUUCUCAGCGCUGGCAAUUUCAUGCCGCCUCACGAUGUUGCCAAACUCUUGGCAAAAUACCACAUCAACGUGCUCGCCGGUGAUAGCGGCCAGAUUGUCCAGAUGGCGCACCACAUCUCGAAUCUUCCCGAGGAAGAGCGCGCACUGAUCAGGCUUGACAAGAUCAUCUACACGUCUGAGGUGCUUACCGCUGCGCAGAGAGCACACAUCAAGGCGACCUUUAAGGGCAUCAAGAUCAUCUCUAUUCUGGGCAGCGCAGAGGCAGGACCGUGGGCAGCAAGCAACCCUGAUAUCACUGGAAGAGUGAGCACCACCAGUGAAGAGGAUCUUAUUUUCGACACCCGAGCUAUGAUACUCGAGGUGCUUCCAGCGUCAUUUGCUGAGGGUGACCAAAAUGUUGAUCCGCUGCCUGACGGAGAGACGGGAGUGGUUGUACAAACGUCUCUCUCGCGAUUGCGCAACCCACUUGUCCGAUAUGUCACUGGCGACAUUGGAUCCAUCCAUCCGCUCCCUGAAGAAUCUCGAGACAAGAUUCCCGCUGCCGAUUGGCCCUAUCUCCGAAUUCUUCGCCUCCAAGGCCGCGAUAGGCGAGUCAGCUUCGACUGGGAUGGGGAAUACAUCCAGUUUGAAGACAUGGCAGCUCUGUUGAACAAUGAGGAAUGCGGCGUCUUGCAGUGGCAGAUCAUCCUGGACAAGCUGGAGCCAUCUUUGGAGUCAUCUUUGGAGAUCCGAUUGAUGUGCUCUCCACGAACUUCUCGAGUUCUUUCACAUGAUGCCCUCAUUGCUCGUAUUAAGGGAUUCCUCCAUGUCAUAAAGACAAAUGAGUAUCGUUUCAAGACGACGUUUGUCGACGAGUUGGAUGGGUUUGUGAGAAGCAGCACUGGCCGCAAGGUCAUCAAGUUUGUCAACCGAUACAACUAGGAGUGCGCAUGCUAUGGAUCUCGUCCUAUGGAUCUUGGUUUGUGCUUUGACAUGAUAAAUCUUGAGAAGCUUUAUAGACAUGCCACGCUUUUUCUAUUUUUGUUUGGGAUACGGUAGGAAGAAAGUUUAACAUAGCUUGGUUCUAGGUAGAGAAUUAAUAAAUUGACCGGAUUUGUUUUAAUGCUU